AUGGCGCCCCGUUGUCCUCCCCGCGGCAUCUACGCCCCCGUCGUGGCCUUCUUCCACGAGGACGAGACGCUCGACGUAGACGCGCUCAAGACGCACAUCGAGCGGCUGUCCAAGUCGGGGGUGGCCGGACUCGUGAUCCAGGGCUCCAACGGCGAGGCGCCGCAUCUGCUCCACUCGGAGAGGCAGCAGGUCAUCGCGACCGCGGCGGCGGUGCUCAAGCAGCACGGCCGCCCCGACGCCGUCAUCAUCGCCGGCUGCGGCGCCCAGAGCACCCGGGAGACCAUCCAGCUGUGCAGCGAGGCCAAGGAGUCCGGCGCCGAUUACGCCCUGGUGCUGUCGCCCAGCUACUGGACCGGAGCGAUGCAGAAGCCCGUCAUCCAGAAAUUCUUCGACGACGUCGCGACGGCCUCCCCCAUCCCGAUCCUGCUCUACAACUUCCCCGCCGUCACCUCCGGCAUCGACCUCGACUCGGACCUGAUCGCCGCGCUGGCGGCGUCCAACGACAAAAUCGUCGGGUGCAAGCUGACGUGCGGCAACCUGGGCAAGCUGCAUCGCGUCGCGCACGACGCCAAGAUCCCGCAGCCGUUCGCCGCGUUCGCGGGCAAGUCGGACUUCUUCCUGCACGGCCUGGUCGCCGGCUCCAACGGCGUCAUCGCGGCGGCCGCCAACUUCGUGCCCAAGGUGCACCUGCGGCUGCUGGAGCUGUACGACGCCGGCGAGCUGAAGCAGGCGCAGGAGCUGCAGACGAAGCUGAGCCAGGCAGACUGGGUGCUGGUGCAGUUGGGAGUUGCCGGGUUGAAGGCGGCUUUGGACAGGUAUUUCGGGUACGGUGGUGGCAGGAGUAGACGGCCGCUUGGCAUGGUUGCGAGCGCAAAGUUUGAGGGGGAGAAGGAUGCGGUGCUGAAGGGUUUGGUUGAGUUGGAGACUUCGCUGUGA